GGGCUUUGAAUGUGACGGUAGAGUUGGGUGAGCUGGGUUGAUGGUUCCUAUGCAUCUUAAAAGGACAAAUGCGUUGCUUCGUUUCUAAGUCGAAUAACAAGAGGACGAAGUCAAUGCGAUCAAACUUGGAAUGGGUCGAGGUUCAGUGCCUGAGAUUUACAGGCACGCUCAGUCGCAGAGAAUUGUUCUUUUUUCUUUUUCUGCGAAGAGGCAUCUAUAUAUUUCCUUUCUCUGAUUGCUUUUGUUUUAUAUUUUUCUGCCCCGUUUCCUCCUAUCACCACAACGAAAAUGAGAGACAUGGAAGUUCCCGGUGGAAGAUUUUGAGAGAGAUUGUCUUUUUGUUUGCUUGGGUUCCAAAGAAAUCGACCACAAAAUCUUUUCUUUCCAUCCAAUUCUUGUACAUUAAGAAGAUUGAAAUAUUCUUUGUCCUCUGAGCUUAUUUUGUUUGGAGUUUCUGCUAAGAAACUGAAACAUAAAUUGUUUCCACUUUUGGGUUAGUUGGCGGAGCAAAGUUAUGGCAGGAGCAUUAAUCGGAGAGGCUGCUUUGGGAGCAGUACUUGGAGAGGUAUUUUCACUGUUGUUUGAAACCGUCAAGGAUGUGACAAAGAAAGCCCGUCUGUUCGAACCCACUCUGAAAUGCCUCCAAUCCACGCUACUUUCUUUGACGCCAAUAUUCGAAGAUAUAAAACGGUUAAACAGAGAUCUGGAACACCGUGAAGAGGAAACGAAGAAAUUGAUUGAUCAAAUGAAAAAGGGUGAGAAGCUAGUUAGCAAGUGCUUGAAAAUUCAGUGGUGGAAUUACUGCAUGAAACCCCAUUACGCAGGCAAACUCAUGGAGUUAGACGAGGAAAUUUCCAGGUUCUUUCGGUUUGAUUUGCAAGCAUUGAAUGCGAGGAAUGUGUUAGAGACUUUGGUUGGGGUGAACGAUAUUCGUAAGCACAUGAAUUUGUCCGUUAAGAAUUCUCGGUUGAGUUGCGCGGUGCCUGUGCCCCCAGAUUAUAUUGUUGGGUUGGAUGUGUCUAUAAAGGAGUUGAAGAUGCAGCUGCUGAAGAAGGAGGUGCCAGUGCUUGUAUUGACUGCUGCUGGAGGAUGCGGGAAGACCACGUUGGUGAAAAUGCUUUGUCAGGAUGAGGAAAUUAAAGGCACAUAUAAGGACAAUAUUUUCUUUGUCCCCGUUUCAAAAACUCCAAACCUGAAGGUCAUUACACAGAGGCUAUUUUCUCAUAGGGGUGAGCAGAAGCUUGAGUUUCAAAGUGAUGAAGAUGCAAUCAACCAGCUUGAGCAACUUCUGAAACAAAUUGAAGAUCCUAAACUGUUAAUACUGGAUGACGUCUGGUCCGGGUCCCAUCUUGAGAAGUUUGAGUUUCGUAUGCCAAAUUACAAGAUUCUUGUGACUUCAAGAACUGCAUUUCCUGGUUUUAGCUUCACGUAUAACAUGAAACCAUUAAAUGAUAAAGAUGCAAGGACUCUUUUUCAUCACUCAGCAAACUUGCAAGAUAGGAACUCUUCAAUCCCAGAUAAAGAUAUUAACAAGAUAUUGAAAUUCUGUGGGGGGCUCCCUCUGGCCAUUAAAGUGAUUGGCAGGUCACUCUGUGGACAGUCUGCUGAGGUCUGGCGCAGUAAAGCGAUGAAAUGGUCUACUGGUCAUUCUAUUCUUGGUUCUAACAGUGAUCUGCUUAAUUGUCUCGAAAAGAGCCUAGAUUUCUUAGAUGAUGAGCUCAUCAUCAAGGAGUGUUUCAUGGACCUAGGUUCAUUUCCUGAAGGCCAAAGGAUCCAUGUUGCUACUCUCAUUGAUAUGUGGACAGAGUUAUACGAACUAGAUGAAGAUGGCAUCCAUGCCAUUGCCAACCUAUAUGAAAUCAGUGCUAGGAAUCUGGCUAGUCUAUUUGUCACAAGGAAAGAUGCAAGUGAUUUUGCUAACUACUACAGUGAAGACUAUGUCACACAGCAUGAUCUUCUUAGAGAGCUUGCUAUCCAUCAAAGCAGCCAGGGGUCGAUAGAACAAAGGAAAAGACUGAUUAUUAAUAUUGGUGAAAACAAUCUUCCCAAGUGGUGGACGGACCAGAAGCAGCAAUCUCUCGCUGCUAAUUUAUUGUCUAUCUCAACUGAUGCAAUGUUCUCAUCAAGUUGGUGUAAUAUUCAACCACCCGAAGUUGAGGUUCUAGUUCUGAACUUCCAAACAAAGAAUUACCCAUUACCCAAGUUUGUGGAGAAAAUGGAUAAACUAAAGGUGUUAGUAGUCACAAAUUAUGGUUUCCUUCCUGCUGAAGUAAGUAAUUUUCAGCUACUUGGGUCUCUACCCUAUCUGAAGAGAAUCAGAUUAGAGAGGCUUUCAAUUCCUUUCCUGUGCAAGACCCCAAUGCAAAUGACUAGUUUGAAGAAGAUAUCCCUGUUUAUGUGUAGUAUCGGCCAGGCUUUUAGGAAUUUUACCGUCCAGGUUUCAAAUGCAUUGCCAAAUCUUACAGACAUAAACAUUGACUAUUGCAAAGACCUAGUGGAAUUGCCUGAUGGGCUGUGUGAUAUUGCCCACCUGAAGAAACUCAGUAUUACCAAUUGUCAUAAGCUGUCCGCACUACCUGAAGCAAUUGGAAUGUUGGCGAAUUUAGAAAUGCUAAGGCUUAGGUCCUGCACUGAUUUGUCAGAGUUGCCAGAGUCAAUUAGAAGCCUCCAGAACUUACGCAUUCUUGACAUAUCCGACUGCCUAAGCAUUAGCAAGUUGACGAAACACAUUGGUGAACUGUGUAAUUUAGAAGAGCUCCACAUGAAAGGAUGCUUGAGAUUGCGUGGACAGUUGCCAGAAUCAAUCAUGGAUCUUAAGCAGUUGAAGCUUGUUAUAUGUGAUGAAGAGAGGGCCAGGUUAUGGGAGCCUAUAAAAGACUUCCUCACCAAUCUAAAGGUAGUGGUGGCUGCUAAAGAGAUAAGCUUGAAUUGGCUUCCCAGUCGUUAGUGUAACGUUCUGUUCUUUUCCCUUCCGUCUUUCCCUUGUCUUUUUUUUCCUUCUGAAAAGAGCAUGAAACAGAAGUGAGUUUGUACACCCAGAAAAAAGAAGGUAU